GACUUUCAUACCUGGCGGCACCCCCAGGCUCCCAUGGUCUGGUCUUGUCCUGUACAUACUGUACACUAUAGGUGCAGGACAUGACAUGCCUUGACUAAACCUGCUUGGCCUGCUCACGGAAUUUGUCUUGUGCCUUUGGCCAACCGCUCGCCUACCUUACCUAUUUUCCUCCUUCGAGCGCACUUUGGCAAUUUGGGUCGUUGACUCUUUGGUCAAUUCAACUACCGCUCCGGAAACCAACUGCCCGUGCCCUUAAUCACUAGCAGGUUCGGUUGGCUCUGUCGUUCCUCUUCUGCCGUCAGCUCGGUACCGUUUAGCGUACGCGAUUCCUGGUAAUUACCUUACCUUGCUCGGAUUCUCGGCCGGGAAGACCCAUACCGUUAGCCCCUCCUGAUGGUUGCUUUCCGCCAUUCGUACCACCUCUUCGGAACAGAAGAAGUUUACCAUGGCUUUCCAGACCAACAUCUUACGCGGGGGCGAAUGGGUGACGGAGACUGUUGACUUGAUGGCCGUCCUCAAGGCCAACUCCAAUGCGAAGGGCUCCAAGAGACAACGGCCGCUGAAACCACCCCAGUGCGGCAUUCUUACCAGGACGGUGGUCGAAAGCUCACUUAUAAACUCCAUACUACCUGUCCGUAUUAGGUCGCCGCAGCACAACGAUGUCGCCUUCGUGGGCGAUCACACCGUCCAAAUCUGCGAGUUCAGGAGAGACGGGCAGCUGAAAGAUAUCAUCAGAAAGAACGACUUUGGGUCGCGAAUUCGGAAUGCCUGCGUUAUCGGCUCCUUCGACAUCAAAGACGACGAGGGCGACGAGCCCCAGUGGCCGCCUCCUGCUGUCACGACCGAGGACGACGAGCCAAUGUCCUCAGGCUUUUCGCAGCGGAGGCCCGUGUCCCAGCUACCUCCUCAGUUGCUCAUGGUUACUUUGGAGUGUGGCGAUUGCGUUUUCUUGUUUGUCGGCGCUGGAUCGGGUGGGAAACCCGAGUUCGUGGAAUCGCGGUUCGCAAGCCCAAGGUACCAGCUCAUAUAUCCAGGAUUCCACCUAGCUGUGGACCCAAGCUCGCGCUACGUAGCCCUAGCAUGUGCUGAGGACUUUUUCGUUGUAUACGAGCUCGAAUCGCUACCAGAUCUCAACCAGAGGCAUAUGCGCAAUGAACCUCUUAACCCUGUCAGAUCCUACCGCCCGCGGAGCGUGCAGGGCGUCAUACACAAAGUUGAUUUCCUGUACCCGCGACCUGGGGACGACCACCAUAUCAUCCUUUUGCUCAUCAUUGUCAAGAAUGGAAAGUCGAGGAUGGUCACAUAUGAGUGGGAAGUCGGAAACGACCUGAAGACUGUCUUUGCCGAGGAGAAACAAGGCCACCGGAUGCCCGUCGAGAACCAGAUGCCCGUCCUGCUGAUCCCCUUGACGGUAAGGUCGGCUUUUAUUGCCAUCUCGCCAAGUCAAGUUGCCGUGUGCACCGGCGGCUUAUUCGGACCACCCAACUUUGAGAAAAUUGGGAUGGAAACACGGCCUGCAACGGACACAUACCAUGGCCGCGACCAACCAUUGUGGACAGCAUGGGCAAGACCCUUCCGCCUGUCUCCGUACUUCAAAACGCGGGAUUGCAUAUAUCUUGCCAGAGAAGAUGGCAUAGUCAUCUUCAUCGAGGCAGAUUCGGAAAGUGCUCUGGAUCGGAGUACCUUCAUGGACAAGUUUGAUUGCAACAUAUCGACAGCUUUCACUUGCUUGUUUGACCAAUAUACCGACGUUCUCGUCAUGGGAAGUGAUUCGGGCCCGGGAACCAUCUGGAAAGUCCCGGCCCGACAGCCACUAGAGCUCCUCGGCACCAUACCGAACUGGGCACCCUCUGUCGACUUUAUAACUACAGACGAGUUUUCUACCUGGAAUCCAGAUGCUGCCGACCAGGGAGGCAACAUGGUCGCCCAGUCACGCAAUCAGUUCAGGCAACCUGACCGAGUUUUCGCAACAUCUGGACGUGGGAAGAAGGGCACAGUAACAGAAUACAGGAAUGGGCUGCGAGCUAACAUAGGUCUAGAUCUUGAAUACGGAGCUGGGGUGAAGGAGGUUUGGCUAUUUCCCUCUAGCCACUCUGGUGCCCCUCAAGACCACCACCUCCUGCUAUCCAUGCCUGACUGCUCUAUAAUUCUCAGUCUCUCGGAAGACUUUGCCCAGGCGAGUGAGCUAGAACCAGGAUCCACCCCCUACGACCUGUCAUCGCCCACUCUUGCAAUCUCUCAUUCAGACCACUUCACCGUGCAGAUCACCAAACAAUCUAUAGUGCUACUAGCUGCGAGUCGAAGGGCCCAAUUCUCGUACGAUGAAAUACUGGAGAGUUCAUCUCCUAUCUUCGUAUCCGACGGAGCGGCCCUCGUCAAUUACGUAGCCAUCGCAACCCAUAACGACAGCCGAUUUCAGAUCCACACUUUCAAGAUUGACGUCCCACAGCUUUCUCUUGUAUACGACGCGACAUUUGCUGUGGAGGGGGAGAUAACAUGUUUGUCUCUUGGUGCGCGCUUCACUGUACUGGCAGGUCUGUGGAAAGACGGCCAGCCCUUUCUAGCGCGGACACAGCCUCAAACAGUUACCGGGGCUCUUGAAAUGAUCAAAUUAACCGAGCAUCUGUCAAAGUCUGCUUCCAACGCCAGUCCUGAUGAGUUGGCGCCAAUCGAGGCAAUUGGAAGCAUUGUCUCCGUCUGGAAUACCAUACUUCUAGGAACCAGGAGCGGGGAUGUAAUCAUUGUGUCGGAUAUCGCCGGCUCCCUAUCGGUCGAGGGUGAAAAAUUUGGAAAGACAACAGCAGACGUUACUUGCACGUAUCAUACCAACAACGCCGAUCCUACAGUCCUUGUCUCUUGCGACAAGAAUCUCGUCCUGCUGGGGGCCUACGAUGCCGGCAGCAGUCAGACUGAUCCACUGCAGCCAAGGACCAAGUCGCGAGUGUGGGUGGUCGAUGCUAGCAACCUUGGAAGCGCACCACCACCUGUGGAUUUUGGUGUUGCGGUAAAUAUCCCAUCUCAAAGCCCCGACAUCACGCCAAUCCUCGUGGUCUCUGGUGCCAGGCUCUUGCUAGCAGAUAUGAAUCAUACCCCGGGCCCGGUCCACCGGCAUAUUCCCGUCGAUGGGACACCGACAAAGCUCAUAUACUCGCAGUCUCUCCGCUGUCUUAUCGCUGCGGUAAAUAUCGGCAACAAACCGACGUUGAAGUUCAUCCACCCUGAUUCCGGGGAAGAUAUAGGACAGCCGACGGAUAGAAGCGGAAUUCCGGCCGACUUCAUCUCAGGCCUCGGAAAGUCAGGCGACCGAGUUUUCGGAUUAACUGAGUGGGAAUACACAAAAGGAGACAACACUUGGCGCUUCGUGCUGGUUGCGACACGCGAAGGACGUCUUAUCGUGGUAUCCACGGAGAGAGGAAGUUCGCAGGAGGGCGGCCCACGAGUAAUUCGAUACAGAACAAAGUUCCAGAAGAGAUACGAGCGUCCGAUAUACUCAGUUCUCGGAUAUGAAGAGGGUGUAAUCUGCUGUGUUGGGCAGACGAUUCACUGGGAUGUGCUCGACACGGUGGAGAAGAAGUUGAAGCAUGUCAAGUCAUUUGAAGUGGGAUCGCCAGCCACUAGCCUUCGCAUUUCAAACGGAAAGCUCCUGGCUCUGACGAGCCGUGACUCUUUGGAGAUCAUCGACCAAUCUGGGUUGGAAGACGCCGUGGCGGGACUCAGUCACGUCGACCCGAGGCGGCGCAACGCGAUACACCUCAUAGAGGUGGCGGGCGCGCAACCUGAGGAGCCCUUGGGAAAUAUUAUCCUGCUUGCAGAUCGGGACUGUGGUAUUGGAGGGCUUUGGGUCCCGUGGCAGGUGCCAGGCAAGGACUGCGAGCUGGUCUUCGAGGCAGAGCUGCCAACUUCGAUCCGCCGAUUCCGGCGAGGAAAAACACGACCGGUCUGGGAACAGGGGCGACAUCGUCCCAAGUAUGGCCGGCUCGUGAGCACCGUGGACGACGCCGAGAUACUCGGUAUAUCGUUGGAUGGGUCAAUGCAGCAUUUUACAUUGCUCAGCAUGGAUACCUGGCGGUUCUUGCGAUUUAUUCAGAACGUGGCCCUCGCAAGCCACGAGCUGUUUUCUUUUACAUGCGAGUCUAGAAGGGGAGAUCACGGUACAGCUAAUCUGGAACCUACGCCUUAUAUGGAACCACUGGUGGGUAGGGGGACCGAUAUGCAAGUGGAUGGCGAUUUACUGCGGCGUUGUCUGGACAAGAGAAUCCUUGAACGGCUAAUGUCGCCACCAAGCCGCGAGUCUCGUUUCACGGAGCUGCUAGACGAGUUGGACGACGGACAACACACAGCCGGACUGGCAGCUGAAGGAGACCGGGACAGGUAUUUUGGCCUCGCCUACGAGAUCCUGGACUAUUUCCUUCGACCAGUUCUAUGAAGAAAAGGCGGCCAUUAGUUCAAUUGAUUCUUAUUAAAUGCAUAAGAUGAUGGAGAGAGGGCGUUCUCCUGGGACCUUGACGGGAGGUUUUCUGUGAUGAUAAAAGAAAUACAGCAGAGAGACAUUGGCUUUAG